GAUCCAAGAUGGUCAGCCCCCUCACUGAGAGCUUGCGUUGAUCUGCCUGACAACACCCUAGGCAGCUGGAGAAUAAACACCGUAGCUGUUCCUCAUCUCUAAGGAUUCAGAUGCAGGCAAAAUAUAACAGCACAUUGGACAUGCUGGAUGAUGAUGGGGAGACCACCCUAAGCCUGCAUUCCCAAGCUCUAACCAUUGCUCAGAGACCAGAGAGCAAGAACACAGGAUACCCAACUACUUCUCCAUCUUGGCGCCCAGUUGCUCUAAUUCUAUUGACUUUGUGCCUGGUGUUGCUGAUUGGACUGGGAGUAUUAGGACUUGAAUUUUUUCAGCUCAGUCAACUCUCAAUCACCCAGAGGGAUAUUCUCACUCAAAAGGAAGAAAGCCUGGGAAACUUGUCUCGACAGCUACAUUCUCUCCAGGCCCAGAACAGGAAGCUCACAGAUACUCUGCAGCACUUGGCUAAAAAGCUCUGUCGGGAGCUCUAUAACAAAACUGGAGAACACCGAUGCAGCCCCUGCCCAAAGAAAUGGAAGUGGCACAAGGAUAGUUGCUACUGUUUCUCUAAGGAAAGCAACACUUGGCAGGGCUGUGAACAUUUCUGCACUGCUGAGAACUCCACCCUUCUGAAGAUAGAGACACAAGAUGUUCUGGAAUUUGUGAUGCCUCAGAGCUACUCUCAGUUUUUCUACUCCUAUUGGACAGGGCUGUCCCGCAAUGGCAGUGGCAAUCCCUGGCUGUGGAUGGAUGGAUCUCUUCAUUCCUUUGACUUAUUUGAUAUUGCCAUUGACUUCAGCAGCUUAAGGAGCUGGGACUGUGUGACGAUAUUGAAUGGAAGGGCUUUCUCAAAGGACUGUAAGGAGCUGAGGCGCUGUGCAUGUCAAAGAACAGCAGCAGUGGUAAUGCCAGAAUGGCUGGAAUAGUCUUCCUAAAUAAUGGAUGCAGACAAAUGGAUCUUCAAACAUAUCUACAAACCAAAAAGGUUGCAAGCCAAGCAGGAGAAAGGACAAGAGCUCUCUGAAUCACUGUGAAUAGAAGUAGAAGAGCAAGUGUCUCUGGCCAGUUUAAAAAAAAAAAGGAUCUUUUUCAUGGAAACUGCCAAGGAGUAUCAGCCUCAUACAUAUGGUUUUAAGCACAAACUUUUCAGCCACAGAAAAAUCCGAUUUUGAUACUUCACCCUGCCCUACAUAACCUGGGCUUGUUUUUAAUUCUCAAUAUUUUAACUUUCCCCAUUUAUACUGGUAGUUAAUAUCCCUCUGCUAUCAUUCUUAUUGAUUUUGAAGGGAAAAUGAGAAAUUCUUGGACAAAAGUUAUGCCACUAACUGAAAAUUCUAUGCCCCAAAGAACGACUACCACUGAUCCUUUUUUUGUUUGUUUUUGUUUUAUGGUACACCUCAUGCAAUUUGUAACACCCGAAUGAUUUUCCUCCUUUGAGAAUCAUUUAACCACUGCUAUUCUCUAAACCCCUAAUGGAUUCUAAGAGUUUUUCAUUUACCCCAGAAGUCUCCAGAGAGGAAAGUUUAUCUGAGGCCUACAGCAGCCAAGGAUAUCUAUUUUAGAUCACUAUGGGAAGGAAUAAGACUCAUUUCCUCCUUUGGUGAACUUGGGAGAAAAGUAAGGCUCCAGAUGUCUCUCCUUACAGGGGAUUGGUGACUUUUAAGCACCUUUUCCCACUAGAUAAUUACCAUCAGUCCUUUCAGGUACUUGUACAAGAAUAAAUGUGUGUGUAUAGACUAA